GCUGCGUGAACGCGGGUCGGGCACCCAGCGGAUGAGCCCCACGCUUCGCACGUGGGCGUAGCUGCUUCAGACCGUAGGAGGGCGGGCAAGUUCCGGCGCAUGUGAGACUGGAUGGCCCUCGGGUGGACAUUUGUGGGCAUGUGUUUGUGUGGGUGGGUGUGCAAAUGCACAAGUGCCUGUGUCUGCAUGAGUGUGCAAACACACAUGGGUGUGUGGGCAUGGGCGUGCAAAGGUGCAUGUUUGUGUAUAUGUGCAAAUGCACUCGGGCUUGUGCGGGUGUGAAAACAUGUAUUUGGAUGUGCGAAUGCACAUGUGUUUGGGUGUGCACAUGUCUUCAUGGGCGUACUUGUGCAAAUGCAGAUGUGUUGGUGUGCACAUGGGUGUGCAAAUGCACAUGUUUGUGUGGGCAUGGGCUUGCAGAUACACACAUGUUUGCAUGGGUAUGCAUGUGCAAACACAUGUUGGUGUGGGUGUGUACAUGCACAUGUGUUUGUGUGGGCACAGGCAUGCAAAUGUGCCCGUGCGAGUGCAUGAGGCAGGGGUAUGUGUGUGCCCCCCGGCUGUGAUGCCCGGAGCUCGCCCUGUCUCGGCUGGGCUGGCUGGCGGGGGCGACGCUGGCUGGGCCGGCCCGGGGGCAGCUCACCGGCUCUCUCCCUGCGGUGGGCAGAUGGUGCGGCACCAUGUCAGGUGACUAUGAGGAGGACGUGUGUCGUGGCGCGCUCACCCUACUCAAGGAACUCUGCUUCUCCCUGCGGGCGCUGGAGCAACACGAGAAAUGCCUGGAGUUCACCGACCUGCUGCGCAACCGGGGGCACCCCCCGCCCACCGACUCGGACAUCUCCGUCAGCCUGCUCUCCGUCAUCGUCACCUUCUGCGGCAUCGUGCUGCUGGGGGUCUCGCUCUUCGUCUCCUGGAAGCUGUGUUGGAUCCCCUGGCGGGACAAGGAGGCCUCGCCGGCGCCGCGCAAGGACCACGGCCUCCACGGCCACCUGCACCACUCGCCCUACGGCGACCUGCUGGUGGAGCGGGUCGAGCUGGGGCCCGAGAUGCCCGAACGCUCCUACCUCGACAUGGACUCCUACCCCGAGGCCACCCUGAAACUGAGCCAGACCUCGCCCGACCUGCCGGUGGAGGGGCAGGUCGGCCCUAAGGAGGGCGCCGGCAUGCCCAAUGCGCAUUCCCACCAGCAGGUGGCCACCCUGGCUCCCGCCCCCAGGUACAACACCCUGCCGCGCCCCUUGACCCAGCAGCUCUCCAGCCCGGAGGUGGUCAGCCACGGUGGGGAGGACAAGCCGGAGCAGGCCACCAGCAUUGGUCAGAUCAAGCCGGAGCUGUACAAGCAGCGGGCGGGCGAGGCGGAGCACCGUAAAGCGGAGGGUCCUCCCUGCGGGCGCAUCAGCUUCGCUCUGCGCUACGCCUACGCCUCGGAGCAGCUGGUGGUGAGGAUCUUGCGGGCGCUGGACCUGCCGGCCAAGGACGCCAACGGCUUCUCCGACCCCUACGUCAAGAUGUACCUGCUGCCCGACCGCAAGAAGAAGUUCCAGACCAAGGUGCACCGCAAGACGCUCAACCCCGUCUUCAACGAGACCUUCAACUUCAACGUCCCCUUCGCCGAGUUGCCGGGACGCAAGUUGCACUUCAGCGUCUACGACUUCGAUCGCUUCUCCCGCCACGACCUCAUCGGGCAGGUGGUGCUGGACAACCUGCUGGAGAUGGCGGAGCGGGAUGAGGAGACGCCCAUCUGGAGGGAUAUCCUGGAGGGCAGCUCAGAGAAGGCCGACCUGGGGGAGGUGAAUUUCUCCCUCUGUUACCUGCCCACCGCCGGCCGCCUGACCGUGACCAUCAUCCGGGCCUCCAACCUCAAAGCCAUGGACCUGACCGGCUUCUCAGACCCCUACGUCAAGGCCUCGCUCAUGUGCGAGGGGCGGCGGCUGAAGAAGCGCAAGACGUCCAUCAAGAAGAACACCCUGAACCCCAGCUACAACGAGGCCCUCGUCUUCGACAUCCCGCACGAGAGCGCCGAGCACGUCAGCCUCACCAUCACCGUCAUGGACUACGACUGCAUCGGGCACAACGAGGUGAUCGGGAUGUGCCGGGUGGGGAGCGACGCCGAGGGGCCAGGCCGGGAGCACUGGGCCGAGAUGUUGGCCAACCCCCGCAAACCCAUCGAGCACUGGCACCAGCUGGUGGAGGAGAAAACCCUCAACAGCUACAUCUCCAAGAGCGCCCAGCGCGACAAGCCCAGCAUCGUCGUGCAGAGCGUCCCGUCGGACUAGCCCCUCUGAGACCCGCAGGGGCCGAUCGUGGCUGGUCUCUCUGGCUCUGCGCUGUUCUCCAUGCCCAGGGGGAGGCGCUGUCAGGAGCGGCGUGUGUGUGUUUGGGGUCGGGGGGGCUGUGGCGGGGGGGUGUCAUCUUUUCUCUAAGCCAUAGGAGAAGCCAGGACCGAGCUGUCUCCCAACGCCUCUCCCUCCCUGGAGCUGAUUUGCAGGGGGGGGACGACCACAGGCUGGGAGCCCCCCUCUACUCAGUGACUUGCAUGUUGUGGAGGUGGGGGGCCGCCACCCCCCCACCUCUCGUGGGGGGGCCAGUCGCCUGUCUUUAGCCGCACCCACGCACUGUGAGCCCAGGGGUCCGGGGACCUGCCUCUCGGCCUGUUGCCUGGUUCUUCCCUCUCCCUGCGCCCCCCCCCAGCCGUCGGCGCCUGCUGCCCCCCCCUCAGUGCUGAGAGGAGACCCCUGCACUGUGUGGUGGCUGCGUCCCCCCCAAAGACUGACUCAUCUGGGGGGGCAGGGCUGCUUGCAGUGACCCCCAAAGCACCUGGCUUCCCCUGAUUGAAACGGGGGUCAGCCCCCCCCAGGACUUAAUGCUUGAUCUGGACUUGGGGGGGGGGGAUGUGUCUCUCCCCCCAACUUAUUUCUUGGUGGUUUGCAUGAACAUGAUUCCCCCCCCCCCGCUGCAGUGGGUGGGUGUGGAGGGGGAGGAGAACCCAGGCGUCUGGAUGCGGCCCCCUCCCCGAGAGCAUAGGGACGGUGGGGUGGGGGGAAUCCGUCUGGGAGAACCCAGACAUCCAGUCCAUGUCUGUCACCCCCCCCCCCCCCCCGCAUGUCUGUACCUUUGUCCGUCUGUGUUUCUCUGUCUGUCCGUCCCCCUGGGUCUUUGUUUCUAAGUGUGUGUGUGGGGGAAACAAACAAAAAAACCAACACCCCCCCCCCCGGCCCACCUGGAAACCGCCCUGGAAAAGCCAUAGACCCCCCCUGCCCCCCCCGGGCCAGGGCACCCAGCGUCCCGGGCGGGAGUCUGUCCGGAACAUUCUGCAAUAGCGUCACGGGAACUCGGAGCUGCUGCUAAUGUGACCUUAACAAUAAACCUGGUGAGAGGUGA